AUGUCCAACAUCGGCAACGCGUCCGCGGCAGACCAAACGGCCUGCUGCAGCUCCGGCACCACCAUCGGGCUCAUCGGCGUCUUCCUCUUCUUGAUCGUCGUUUACGUCGUCAUCCACUACACCCGCUGCCUGGAAUUGGAACCCGACGGCCGCUGGCAUGACCGGCAGAAGCCCGGGCUCGAUCCCUCCGCCAUCGCCGCCCUCCCCUCGUUCGCCUACCGAAGAGGCGCCGACGGGAGGAGCGGUUCCGAGGAGUGCUGCGUCUGCCUAAGUGUGGUGGAGGAGGGGGAGGUGGUGAGGGUGCUGCCGAGCUGCGACCACAGAUUCCAUGCGGCGUGCGUCGACUUGUGGCUGCAGGUUCACCGGACGUGCCCGUUGUGCCGGGCCGACGCAGCGCCAGGGAGGGCGGUCGAAGGGGUGAAAACAGCUGAUGUAGCUGGUGCACCGCCAUCUCCGGCGCCACCGUCGGAGCUUCAUACUGUUGUGUUGGUGAUGGAUGUAGGAGAGUCAUCGGCCUCUCAACCCAUGAGGUAG